GUGAACCGGGCCGCCGCGCGCGGCGCAGACUCACCAUUGGGUCCGUACUUGUCCCGGCUCCGGCGGACCUGCUCGGGGCUCAGCCCGCAGCUCUCCUGCACCCCGAAGCGCUGCAGCACCGCGGCCGCCGGCAAACUGUGCGCGUUCUCCAUGCCCGGGGCCGGGGCGCCGCAGCUGCAGCCGCUGGACUUCAGGCGGACGGGGGGCAGCUGGUCUGGGGGCAGGGGGAGCCGGGGCAGCAACUCCUGGGGAUUGGGGGGAAGUGGUCGGGGAGCCGCUCCUGGGUGUUGGGGGCAGCUGGUCGGGGAGCCGGGGGGCAGCUGGUCGGGGAGCAGCUCCUGGGUGUUGGGGGGACCCGGUCGGGGAGCCGGGGCGCAGCUGGUUUAGGAGCCGGGGGGAGCAGCGCCUGGGUAUUGGGGGGCGCUGGGGAGCGCGCAGAAGUUGGGGGCUGGAGGGGGGACCUGCGUUGCAGCAGUUCCCAGAGAAGAAGUCGAGUCCGCUUUAAAGUUCGCCGGGCUCGAUCCUCCCUUCCUGCCUCCAGCGCGGCACCUUUUCUCCCUCUGCUGGAAGGUGAGCCUGGCCCCGGGUCCGACUCCGACUCCGCCUCCUCUCGGAGCAGCCCUGCCCUCCGCCGGGGCUACCGCCUGCGCGCCCCGCUGCUCAGCGCCCUGCCCA